UCUUCAACGAAUGCUCCCCACGAUCCAAGAUAGCAGAUAAUGUUUCAAUUCCUUCCAAGAAUUAGACUAAACAUCCAGAAAACAUUAAAAAUGCUACCGCUCAUCACCCUUGAGGAGCACUAUCUAUCCUCUGCAGUUCUUGCCACCCAACAAGCAAGCGGUGCUCCGGACCCAUUUGCUGGCUUUCCAGCUCAACUAACUAGGAAAUUAAAAUCGCUUGAUGAUGAACGCAUCAAGGAUAUGGAUGAUGGAAAUGUUUCUCUACAAAUCCUCUCCCAUGGUCCUAUGGAUCAUGCUCCUCCCAAACUUUGCCAACAAAUCAACGAUGAACUCGCGACAGCUAUAUCCAAAAAUCCCAUCCGAUUAAAAGGCUUUGCGACUCUUCCCAUGGGAUUCCCGACAGAAGCAGCUCAAGAACUAGAUCGUUGUAUCAAUAACCUCGGUUUCGUGGGAGCAUUAAUUGAUAACCAUCUUGAGGGGGAAUUUUACGACGAUGAAAAAUUCUGGAGUGUAUUUGAGAAAGCUAGUGCUUUAGAUGUACCUAUUUAUAUCCAUCCGAAUUUUACGUCCGAAAAAGAAAUGAGUAAAUAUCGUGGGAAUUAUCCAGAGGAUAUUGCAACCGCGCUUAGUAAUUGGGGAUUAGGCUGGCAUUUUGAUACUGGGCUUCAUUUUCUGCGUCUUUAUGCUGCGGGACUAUUUGAUCGUUUCCCGGAUAUUAAAAUAGUGUUGGGACAUAUGGGUGAAUUGCUCCCGUUCAAUCUCGAGAGGAUACUUAAGAUAGCGGGAAGAUGGGGAAGGAAUAAGAGCUUGGAAAGGGUCUGGGAGGAGAAUUUGUGGAUUACUACUAGUGGCAUGUUUUCGUUGGCACCCUUGGCGUGUUUGGUGCAGACAAAGGGGAAGGAUAAGAUUUUGUUUAGUGUUGAUUAUCCGUUCUCUGGGAAUGACACGGGGAGGGAGUUUGUGCAGAAAGUGGUACAAAGUGGAUUGUUUGGGGAUGAGAAUUCGAAGGAGAUGAAGGGUUUCGCGUUUGAAAAUGCGGAGAGGUUGUUGAAGGUUAGGAUUGCGGAUAGAGGUGGUGUUUGAGGACGAGAAUUAUUAUCGUUUGUGAUUUAUAGUGUGUAUUAUCAUUCAUCUAUGAGAUAUAGAUGGAGUUCUCAGCUCUCUUUCUGGUUGAACAGCUACAAAUUCAGCAAUUAAUCCUUCAGCACUACUCAUUUCUCACAUAUCCGGCUAGGAAAUUAGAUAUUUAGAAGAUGUACAGGCAUAAUCUUACAAAACCCAAUUGCUC